CAGCCUUUUGCAGCAACAGGGAAGGAGCACGAGCUGGUCUCCCGCAGCCGUUUCUCCAGGAGCUACUACGUGCUCUUCGGCAACAGCAGGAGCGAGAAGUGGAGAAGGAUAAGGGUGUCUUCCGACUCCCCAAGCGUGCGUGCCGAUCUCUGCAACUUCACAUCAUAGCUUCUCUUUUGCCAUCUGGGACUCCGCGCGCAGAAGAACGGAGGAGAGAAAGAGGAGGCACUGUUAGCAGCACUAACCCUGCCCUCCGUGGGUUUGCAUUACAGGAACAUGCAGUGAUUUGCUGCUCUGCCUUUAGACCCAUCCCAACCAUCAGGGUGUGUGGUAUAUGGUGUGUGUGGGAGGGGGAGAUCUACUGUCUCUGUAAUAAAUGAUAGAGGAUACAAUGACUUUGCUCUCUUUGCUGGGUCGGAUCAUGCGUUACUUCUUACUGAGACCAGAGACGCUGUUCCUGCUAUGCAUCAGCCUGGCCCUAUGGAGCUACUUCUUCCAUACGGAUGAAGUGAAAACCAUUGUCAAGUCCAGCAGGGAUGCAGUGAAGAUGGUGAAGGGCAAAGUAGCAGAAAUUAUGCAAAAUGAUCAACUUGGGGGUCUAGACGUGCUGGAUGCAGAGUUUUCCAAGACCUGGGAGUUUAAGAACCACAAUGUGGCUGUUUAUUCCAUCCAAGGCCGGAGAGACCACAUGGAAGACCGGUUUGAAGUGAUCACGGAUCUGGUGAACAAGACUCAUCCAUCCAUAUUUGGGAUAUUUGAUGGACACGGUGGAGAGUCAGCAGCAGAAUAUGUGAAGUCCCGCUUACCAGAAGUCCUAAAGCAGCACCUUCAGGAUUAUGAGAAAGAUAAGGAGAACAGUGUAUUAUCCUAUCAAACCAUCCUGGAACAACAAAUUCUCUCAAUCGACCGAGAAAUGCUGGAAAAAUUGACUGUAUCCUAUGAUGAGGCAGGAACAACAUGUUUGAUUGCUUUACUGUCCGAUAAAGAGCUCACAGUGGCCAACGUUGGCGAUUCAAGGGGGGUCUUGUGUGAUAAGGAUGGAAAUGCUAUUCCUUUGUCUCAUGAUCACAAGCCCUACCAGCUGAAAGAAAGAAAGAGGAUUAAAAGAGCUG